UUGGUGGCCCGAGAACCCAGACUGUGAAGAGAGGAGGCACCGGCGUGCUCUUUGGUGCUGAAGGACGGCGCGGACAAGCGACUGCUGCCAGCUGGAAUAAACCGGGCCAUGCUUUGAGAAAGAAACUGAUUCUCUAGGACUUAGAUUUUUUUCAACAAAAAAGUCAACAGUGUAAGCAACUCUUAAGACACUGAUGGAAGAUUUCAGAAUGACUGACACUCUUGAUGCUGUUCCAAACUUUGAAGAGAUGUUUGCCAAUCUAUUCACAGAAGAUGAUACAGAGUACCAAGAAUACCUGAAACGCCCCACAGACUCCCCUCCAAUUGUUGAAGAGUGGAACAGUGGAUCUAGUGGUAAUCAAAGAAACAGAGGCAAUAGGUUGCAAGAUAACAGACAAUUUCGAGGAAGGGAUGGCAGGCGGGGUUGGCCAAGUGACAACAGAUCUAAUCAGUGGCAUGGAAGACCCUGGGGUAAUAAUUAUCAGCAGCAUAGACAAGAACCUUAUUACCAUCAUCAGUAUGGAAAUUAUGGUUAUAAUCAACGGCCUCCUUAUGGCUACUAUUAAUAUAAAUGUUGACAUCUAUCAAGGAAAACCAAUACAUCCUCUUCUAACAUGUCAAAAGCUUGCCUGUCUUGUUUUUUGUAUAUAAUUAUGUGUAACUACUUUUACACAACUUAAGGCUGUCAUGUACAAAGAAACUAGAAAGAUGUGAUGGUAGCUGAAGAAGUUAUGGACUACACUGUUCAACUUCUACCUCAAAUUUGACUUCAUUUCAUAUAUUGUUGGUGCAUUGAAUUUCCAUGUAAGGCUGCCAGUAGUCAUAAGUUUUUAACACAGGCAGAAAUGGAAAUAGGAAAAAUGUUUGCUUUCUCUCAAAUUUAAAGGAAUAUCUGUAAACAUGGAUGAAAUUGUUUCUGGAAUUUUAUAGACUAAUGAAGUAAAUCACCAAGUGACAGUUACAUUUGGCUUUCAAAAUACCAUAUUUAACAGCAACUGAAACAAAUUAUAAUCGAUUUACCUUUCACUUGGCUUUGAUUUAGAAAUAACUAUACUAUGUGAAUGCCUAUUUUAGAGGUCUGAGUGCUAUAUUAGUAACAAAAGGAAAAGAAUAAAAAUGUAAAA